AUGUAUAAAGGACAAGACUGGGGAAUUAUGAGUAGUGGGAGAAACAACUCUACGCACACCUCUACACUGCAGCAGCCGGUGCGGUCUCAUCGCGGCGGUUAUCUGCGAUGUCCGUUCAGUAUUCAAUCCGAUCUCGCAGCGAUGGCGGAGCGACACGCCGGAAGUGCCUUUCAUAGUAACAACAAAGCCCGCGCCAUUCGCCGAACAGAAACUGCGCAGAGUAAUUACACUCAGAGAAGAGAAGGUGAGGAGGACGACAGUGACGACAAUGGCCGGCCGUGGAGUCGUGCAGGUGUGGGCGCCCACACACUCACCGCCAAGGAACGUCGAGCACAACAGGAAGAGGCGGAGCGUAUUUACGGUCUUAACAACAACAAUAAUAAUAAUAAUACAGAAGAAUAUAUAAAUACAAAUACAAUAGGGGAUGGAAACAGUGGAGUUUCCGCCAUGAGUGCCUCUCAUACUUCCGCGUCUGAUGGAUUGCCUGUGGCUCUCGCAGCGUGGGAGAAGAGUGCACUGCAGCGUGUGGUCCCCCGUGGUGCUCAUCGCCGUAAUGGAAAACACAUGGAAGUCUCAGAGAAUAAAAGAGAUGAGAAGGGAGUGGGAUUUAGAUCUAAAGAACGCCAAACGAAUAAGGAUGAACAGGAGGAUGUGCAGGAUACAAAGUAUGCAUCUAAUAAACGUAAGCGGGAUAAUAAUAAUAAUAAUAAUAAUAAUAAUAAUAAUAAGGGACACGGUAUAUCUACUGCAGUGCAAACACAACGAAAGAGUUGUGAAGAUGAAAGAGAGCAAAAGGUUCAGAAGCGUGAAGAUAAUGAGUCCACAACUCCCAAAACAAUAGUAGAGCAACCACGGCAAGAGAUAAAGAAACCAAUGAAUAAACUUCAGAGGUUUGAUGAAAUGCGAAAUGCGGCACUUUUUGGAAAGAAGAAAGGUUCUAAGCGUUGA